AUGAGGCUACGCAAGCCUGCUCUACAAAUUUUUCAGAGGCGCACCAAAACUUACGUUUGGGCGCUUCUCAUAUGUAUUUUUAUUCUCUUGGUGAAAAUUUCGUCUGCAAAGACUGGAGAUACUGUCAAAGGUUCAAAAGAGUUAAUUACUACACACAAUCACAUUAAAAGGUUUUUGAAAGCAGCAGCAGCGUUCACAAAAUCGAAGCAACAAAUAAGGGAACUCCGGUCGACGAAUCUAGUCUUGAUUACUACUUUGGAUGGAGACUUGCACGGGGUUGAUCGCUACAACGGACAAAUUCUGUGGAGUUUAGAAGGUGUAUCUGGUGGUCCAUUGAUACGAACUUCUGUGAGGAGUAAUGCAGAUAUUCAGAAUAAUAUGACCGAUAACAACGAAGACAAUAGCAUAACCGAAAGAGAUGAAAAUCAGACGACUAAUCAUCAAAGCCUUGAUACUGAAUAUUCGCCAGAUACUCAAGUGAGCAAAUUACAGGAAGAAGAAGAUCUUAGUCAAGUAACUUAUAUUGUUGAGCCUACAAAUGAUGGGAUCUUGUAUAUGUUCUCGCCGAAAUUGGGAUUACAGAAAUUUCCGUUCUCCAUUAAACAACUCGUAAAUCUUUCCCCAUUUCGCUCAGUCGAUGGAAAAGUAUUUGUCGGCAGCAAGUCCACAAAAUUUUUUGCUGUUGAUCCGCGGUCAGGCAAACUGCUUCAGUCAUUCGAUAGUGAAGGUGAUGAUGAGUGUCCGUCAGUGGGCACGUUGCCAAAAGAUGCUUUAUAUAUGGGGAAAAAUGCGUACAAAAUAUCGAUAUUUGACGGUAAAAAUAAAAAACCAAUUUGGAAUGUUACUUAUAACGAGUAUGUCCCUAAUAGUUUGGACGUUGAUGUUGAGAUAAACUACAAAACGUCACCUGACGGUUUGUACAUUGCAUCAACUCAUACGGGUGAAAUUUUAUCGACAGAUUCGGAGAAUGGUCAACAUGUUUGGUAUCAAAAAUUCGAUUCACCGGCCAUCAGUGUUUUCGAUGUGCUCGCUACUUCAGAUUUGUCCAACGAUCUUCAUAUUGCUAGACAACCUCAUCCUCCGAAUAAGUAUUACGAACAAAUUAAUAGAUUAUCCUCGUCGCCCGCAACUUCUGCAUAUGUUGACCGUAUUGAUGAUAGCGAUAGCCUGUUUAUAAUGUCCGCUGAAAACUAUCCGAUGACUCGAUUCAUGCGUAUGUCAAAAUGGGCAGAAUUUUCCUCGCCAGCCACUAAAUACGAUCAUUAUCGAUUGACUGAUGAUGUUUCUAGUGGUAGCGGCAGGAACGAGAAACUAGAUAUGACAGAAAAAGACGAAAAAGAGUAUUGUCAUCCCAAUUCGAAAACUUUUCCAGAUUGCUUGAUUGGAAAUCAUAUUUUGAACCCGACUGAUAGACGACUACUUGAUCCGAAUCCAAGCAUCCAGAGACAUGUGAAUCCAAUAACGUUCCGAUAUACUGAUAUUCCGAAACCACGUACAUUGCUCCAAGCAAGUUUAUCUUGGAUGUUUAUUAGCUUGUUUGUAGGUUCUUUGUUGUAUUGGAAUAGAAGGCAAAGAAACGGUGGUAGUGUUUCUUUUAUUGAACGUAUAAUCACAAAGGUUACCAGUAAAUUCACGAAAAAAAAACAGAAUAAAUAUGGCAUCUUGGACUCUACGGGUGUUGAAAAUGGAAUUUCGAGUAAAUCGAAAAAAAACAAAAAGAAAGAUCGAUCAAAGGGACCAACUACUAAUAUUAAUACAAAAAAACAAGAUAUUAAAGACGAGGAUCAAGAAAAGGCUAUAUCCUCAAAUAUUAUGUCAAAAGAAGUAAUACCGAGUACGGACAAUGCUUCAAGAACUGUCACUUUUGAUCCAAAUGCGAAUAUGGGGUAUGGAAGUCAUGGGACUAUUGUAUAUAAAGGAACUUUUGAAGGUCGCGAUGUCGCGGUAAAACGAUUACUUCUUGAUUUCUUUGAUAUUGCCCAUCAUGAAGUAUCACUUCUCCAAGAGAGUGACGAUCAUCCGAACGUGAUUCGCUAUUAUUGUAAAGAACAAUGCGACCGUUUUCUAUAUAUUGCUCUCGAGUUAUGCCCCGCUUCGUUAUAUGAUGUAAUCGAAAAAGGAUCAAGUUUCCGAUACACGGAACUAUUGGAAACACUCAACCCGUCGAAAAUUUUAUAUCAAAUUAUUUCCGGAUUACAUCAUUUACAUUCAAUGAAAAUUGUGCAUCGUGAUAUAAAGCCACAGAACAUUUUAAUAGCCUCGUCAAAAUAUAAGCGAAUAAUUAAAAAAGACGGUGGUAAUAAUAAUAGUAGUAAUAUACAACAGCCAUGUGUUGCCAGAGUUCUAAUUUCAGAUUUUGGGUUGUGUAAAAAAUUAGAAGGUGACACAAGUAGUUUUCAUAAUACGACAAACAAUGCAGGUGGGACGAUUGGUUGGCGAGCACCAGAAUUAUUAUCACCUUUGUUAUCAUCCACUGAAGGUGAAGCACCUACUAACGAUCCAUGGGUGUCAGUGGAUCGAUUAAACGAUAAUUCUUUUACAUCGUCUUCUGGCUCAGAUCAUGGUGUUAAUAAUGGUCAACCACGACGUGUAACAAAGGCGAUAGACAUUUUCUCUGCGGGUUGUUUAUUCUAUUAUGUGUUAUCGAAUGGCGAGCAUCCGUUUGGUGAUCGGUAUUCGAGGGAGGUCAAUAUAUUGAAAGGAGUUUAUGAAUUAAAUAAAUUGGAUAAUAUGGGUGAAGAAGGUGUCGAAGCUCGUGAUCUAAUUGAGCGGAUGAUUGAACGAGACCCUAAAAAGAGACCAAGAGCCUCGACAGUGAUGAUACAUCCAUACUUUUGGUCACCAGCAAAACGACUAUCAUUCCUUCAAGAUGCGUCAGAUCGCUUCGAGGUAGAAGAACGUGAUCCACCCUCACCAUUACUUCAACGUCUUGAAACCGAAGUAGUCAAUGUCAUUGGCCCAGAUUGGUAUCGACGAAUUGACCGAGUACUCGUCGAUAACCUUGGAAAAUAUCGUAAAUACGAUGGUUCACGAAUUCGAGAUUUAUUAAGAGCACUGAGAAAUAAGAAACAUCAUUAUCAAGAUCUGCCGGAACAUGUAAAGAAAUCGCUGGGCGAAGUUCCUGAAGGCUUUCUUUUCUAUUUCACUUCACGAUUUCCAAAAUUGCUACUUCACGUUUAUUACGUAAUUGCGGAGAACGAGUCGUUGAGAAAUGAAAGCAUGUUUAGGCAUUAUUUUGAAAUACCGGGUGAAAUGUAG